CGCGGGGCGCCCCGCCCGCCGCCGGACGCGGAAGCCGCCGAGGUGACAACAGUGGGGGCUGUCGCGACAUCGCUGCUGCGGGCCGACUUACCUGGUUAGGAAGAGCUGACUGCUAAAGAGAAAAUGACAUCUCUAGAAAAAGUUGAUGAUGCCUCAGGACCCAUUCGAGGACCUGGAGAUGGCAUGGAAACAGAGCAAACAGCUGGAGCAGUGGAAGUAAUCACUGGAGCCAACACUGCAAGCCAUCACAUCCACCACAGCCCCCAUAAAAAGACAGCUUCUUCCCUGAGUCCUGGAGUUCUGCAGCUGGGGAAAGUACAUGCAGAUAAAUCAGUAGAGAUUGAAGCUAUUAGAAUAUUAGUCCCCAAAGCAGCCAUCACCCAUGCUGUUCCAACUAAAAAUGCUAAGGUAGCUAAAUCUGUGGGACAUAAAGGAGACACAUUCCAUGAGUCAGAUGGAGCCACAGAUCCCAAGAAAGAACAGAUAGAGCUGAAAAACGCACUUGAAAAGCUAAAGAAUUCAGAAAAGCGGUUGUUACAAGAUAAAGAAGGUCUCUCUAAUCAGCUGCGUAUACAAACCGAGGUCAAUCGGGAGUUGAAGAAAUUACUUGUUGCUUCUGUUGGGGAUGAUCUGCAGUAUCACUUUGAACGGAUGGCUCGUGAGAAGAACCAGCUCAUCCUAGAAAACGAAGUCCUGGGCCGGAAUAUGGCUCAGUUGUCGGAGCAGUUGGAGCGCAUGUCUAUACAAUGUGAUGUGUGGAGAAGCAAGUUCCUAGCAAGCAGGGUGAUGGCUGAUGAACUGACCAAUACCAGAGCAAUUCUUCAGCGCCAAACCAGGGAUGCACAAAGUGUAAUCCAGGACUUGCUGAAUGAACGUGAUCAGUUCCGUCAAGAGAUGAUUGAUACACACAAGCUGCUGGAGGAGCUCAUGGUGUCUCUUCAGUGGGGGAGACAACAGACAUACUAUCCUAGUGCCCAGCCUUACACUACAACAGAGCUAGCAGCUGUGAAUUGUAAGCUAGCCAAAGCUGUAAGCUCACAUCUUCUAGGAAAUGUUGGCACUAACAGUCCAAAAAAGACUUCAACAGCUGUGGAGUUUUGCAAUACCCCUGCUGAGAAAAUGGCUGAAAUGAUGCUACGUGUACUGGAUCCAGCUGCACAUCCAGAAACAUCAACAGAAGUUUCUUUUUCUGAGACUUCUCCAUCUUCUUUCCUUUCCACAAAGAAAAGUAUUGGAAGGUUUCACCCAUAUACAAGAUAUGAAGAUGUCACCUUCAAUUGUUGCAAUCACUGUCAAGGAGAGCUGAUAGCCCUUUAAAAGCCCAGCCAAGGAAGGUGCACCUGCAUUCUUUCUGAAGAAUUACACUAGUUGAUGUUCAGCAGGCUUCCCUUUGUCCUUUUUCCGUAACGGGUGGGUUUGGCAUUGGAAAUUAUUCAGUUUCUGCUUCUCUACCUCUUGAAGUUACGGAUUGACAGGAUUUCCAUAGUCUCUGGGAUGCUUCUACCACUUCUCAGUGGGGAAAGCUGCUUAUUUUCUUAUACAAAGGCAAGACGAAAAACAUUAUGCUGGUCUAAUUUAUAGAGCAUAGAGAUGCUCUUGACUAUUUGACAUUUAUAGUCUUAUUAGCAAAUCUUAAUGAAUUUCCCUUUAGAGGGAGACAGAAGUGUUACUGUACCAAAGCAAAUGAAGUGCUGAUCAGUUAUGUCUAAAUUUAAAGUAAUGGUAAAUGGUUUUUAAGUUUAGCCAAGGUAACGAACAGCCAGCCCUCAAGUCUAUGUUCUACCUUUUAAAUUUAGCUAUAAAAAGGAGUAUGUGCAAUGAUUCUUCAUAGCUGUAAGUUCUGAAAGCAGAGUAUAUGCAAUGUCAGCCCUCCUGUCAAGGAGAUAAAGCUUGAAUGAACUCUAGCUAUAAUAUAUAAGUAGUAACUGCUUUCAAGUGGGUUUUAGAAAACUCUGUGGGGUCAGGUUUUUCUUGUGUUGCCAUAGAGCUGAAAUAAUGGCUUUUCCAUUGUUUCAGCUUCUAGAGUGAAGUUGCUGCAUAGCUGAUCCUCAGCAAGGGCAGACUGACAUACUUCUUUAGUACACAGCAUUGAAUCCUGGCCUGGCAUUAGGACUCAGUCCUUGCCCAAGGUCUUCCUGAGUAUUAUGGGAAGGUGAAGACAAGCACUAAGUUUGCAUAGGUACUGUUAAAAAAAAAAGUAUUUUUUUACUUGUAUGACUUUAUAAUCUUGAUGUAGAUUUGAAGUUCUUUACAUAGGUUUGAAGAGAACUUUUAGGAGACAAUCUGCUAAAUCCACAGAAGCCUAUUUAAGUUUCUUAGUUUGACCCCCAAAUUUACCAUAUGAAGCUGUCUAGUUUAGGGAGAAGGUUUCUGAAAUGGUUGCUUUUACCCAGUUUUCUUUUGAAUCUCAUACCCAGGAUCAGAAUAUGUAAGCUGUAAGUUCUUGCUGUUGCUGCUUCUGAUUUGGUUUACAUGAAGAAAGCUACAAUAAACUUCCUUUGCUUGCUUUCAA